UAAGUUAGAACCGUCUAUCAGGUUUAUGGUGGACAGAGGCCGAAUCAACGGCUAAAGCAAAUUAGACCCAUCGGACAGGUUCGGGCUGGGCAGAGGCCGAACCGGUGGGAGGUAACUUAGACCCAUCGCUGAGGUUCCGGGUGGGCAGAGGCUGAACCAGCGUGAAAAUAUUAGACCCAUCGAUCAGGUCACCCUGUUGAGGCUAUUUGCUUGAACCAUUACUUUGCCCGCUCCUGCCCCCUUUGCGAGCAGAAUGGCUGAACAAGGCAUAGGAAGGGAUUUGCUGGACUAUGAAGAUGAUGAUGACCUUCAGAAUAUGGUAGUAGAGCCCUACGGUCUUGGCCAGAAAUCAGUGAAGGGCUCCUAUGUUACCAUUCACAGCUCUGGCUUCCGAGACUUCCUACUGAAGCCUGAGCUUCUGAGAUGCAUUGUGGACUGUGGCUUUGAGCAUCCCUCUGAAGUCCAAUUCGAAUGUAUCCCCCAGGCCAUUCUGGGGGUGGAUCUACUGUGCCAAGCCAAAUCCGGCAUGGGGAAAACUGCAGUCUUUGUACUAGCCACCCUGCAGCAGUUAGAACCCAUUGAUGGUCAGGUUGGUGCCCUUAUAAUGUGUCAUACCCGGGAAUUGGCUUUUCAGAUCAGUAAAGAAUUUGAACGCUUCUCCAGAUACUUGCCCAAAGUUAAAGUGGCUGUUUUUUUCGGAGGCUUAUCCAUCAAAAAGGAUGAAGACGUUCUAAAGAAAAACUGCCCCCACAUUGUGGUGGGAACACCUGGGCGGAUCUUGGCCCUCGUACGUAAUAAGAAACUCAGCCUGAAGUAUUUGAAGCACUUCGUGCUGGAUGAAUGCGACAAGGUGUUAGAGCAGCUGCCUAUGCGGCAGGAUGUACAGGAGAUCUACCAUCUGAUGCCUCGUUCAAAACAAUGUAUGAUGUUCAGUGCCACCAUGAGCAAGGAGAUCCGGCCUCUCUGCAGGAAAUUCAUGCAUGAUCCCAUGGAGAUUUUCGUGGAUGAUGAAAAAAAACUGACACUACAUGGGUUACAACAGUUUUAUGUGAAUUUGAAGGACAACGAGAAGAACUACAAACUUUUUGACCUCUUGGAUGCCCUGGAGUUCAACCAGGUCGUCAUCUUUGUGAAGUCAGUGCAACGUUGCAUAGCCCUCUGUCAGCUUUUAUUAGAACAGAAUUUCCCAGCUACUUCUAUCCAUAGAGGCAUGGUACAAGAAGAGAGACUGUCUCGGUACCAGCAAUUCAAGGAGUUUGAGAGCCGUAUAUUGGUGACUACCAAUCUCUUUGGCCGUGGGAUGGACAUUGAGCGGGUCAAUGUCGUCUUCAAUUAUGAUAUGCCUGAGGAUUCCGACACCUACCUGCACCGGGUGGCCCGGGCUGGUCGCUUUGGAACCCGUGGGAUGGCCAUCAGUUUUGUCACCAGUGAAGCAGAUGCCAUGGUCUUAAGGGACAUUCUGAAACGCUUUGACAUCAGUUUGCAAGAACUCCCAAAGGAAAUGCACGUCACAAAGGAUUAUGAGACUUUCUCUGUAUCUGAGAUGGAAGCAAUUGACCAAGGGUCACAGAUGUGAAAGUCGGGGUCCAUUGCUGCCACCAUAUCUGUUGCUUUUCAAGUGACGACGAGUGUAUUUAAUUUUUUAGAAUUCAGAUUGAGGUUUUGUGAGACCACUUUUAACAACCAAAAUCCCCUCUCUCUUUUCCACCAGCCAUUGGUUUGCAGUUGAUGAAAGCAUUUAACCAUCAGUUGGCAGAGGGGAAAGUUGGGGCAUCAUGUCAAUUGCUUUGCUUUCUGCUUUUUGAAGAGAGGAUGGGUUGAUUUCAUUUUUCUGUUGUCAAGAUGAGAUUUAAUGAGAAUAAAGU